AUGAGACACCGUCCUGCCAUGCGUGAUGGUGGUGGUGGUGGUGGUGGUGGUGGUGGUGGUGGUGGUGGUGGUGGUGGUGGUGGUGGUGGUGGUGGUGGUGGUGGUGGUGGUGGUGGUGGUGGUGGUGGUGGUGGUGGUGGUGGUGGUGGUGGUGGUGGUGGUGGUGGUGGUGGUGGUGGUGGUGGUGGUGGUGGUGGUGGUGGUGGUGGUGGUGGUGGUGGUGGUGGUGGUGGUGGUGGUGGUGGUGGUGGUGGUGGUGGUGGUGGUGGUGGUGGUGGUGGUGGUGGUGGUGGUGGUGGUGGUGGUGGUGGUGGUGGUGGUGGUGGUGGUGGUGGUGGUGGUGGUGGUGGGGACGUGGGAGUGAUGGACUUGUAG